CCCUGGGCUCGCCUCCUUCUCCAAGGCGAUCAAUAGGAUCUCAGGCGCACUCCAAGCACUCUCUUACGUAGACAUCCACCAAGGAGAGAGCCGAUACAACAACACGGUUGAUCUGCUCAAACACAAAAAUCUACCUGCUUUCUGAAUCAUGUCGUUGAGCCCAAAGCAUACAACGCCUUUUUCAGUGACAGAUAUUUUGAGUCCAAUCGAGGAGACCUACAAGAAGUUCAGUGCCAUGGACGGCGCAGGGAACCUAACAUCUCCACUGGGAGCCUACCGACAGCCUCAGGUGUCUCAGACCGGGAUGCAGCAGCACUCCAUGGGCCACAACGCCACCGUGGCUACAACUUAUCACAUGCCGCACUCCGUCUCUCAGUUCUCCCACGGCGCAAUGGGGGGAUACUGCAACGGGAGCAUUGGCAACAUGGGAGAUCUCCCGUCAUACCAGGAAAGCAUGCGGAAUACUGCAGCAGCUACAGGAUGGUAUAGCGCGAACCCUGAUCCAAGAUACUCCACAAUUUCUAGAUUCAUGGGACCUUCCACAGGUAUGAACAUGACUGGCAUGGGGAGCCUGACGGGGAUGGGAGAUGCCAGCAAAGCCAUGCCAACUCUGCACGCUGCGCCAAGGAGGAAAAGGCGCGUCCUGUUCUCGCAGGCUCAGGUAUACGAGCUGGAGAGGCGGUUCAAGCAGCAGAAAUACCUGUCGGCGCCCGAGAGGGAACACCUGGCAAGCAUGAUCCACCUGACGCCGACCCAGGUGAAAAUCUGGUUUCAAAACCACCGGUAUAAGAUGAAGCGCCAGGCCAAGGACAAGGCGGCGCAACAGAUGCAGCAACAGCAACAGGACGGCAACAUGUGCCAACAGCAGGCACAGUCCCCGCGGCGCGUCGCGGUGCCUGUUCUUGUAAAGGACGGUAAACCGUGUCAGAACGGCUCCAACACACCGACGCCAAAUCAGCAACAGGUGCAGCAGAACCAACAACAGAGCCAGCAGCAGAACGGAGGCGGGGUGGUGCUCGCGUCUUCAGCCGGGAGCCUCGGGCAGCAUCAGAGCCAGCAGCAGGUGAACGCUUUGGAUCUGGAGGAGAUGUCACCCAGUCCGCCCUCACUGCACAGUCAGCUGAACAUGGCCCAGAUAGACACAUCUGCUGUAGAUUACACCAGUAACAUGGUCAGCUCAAACCUCCUUUACGGCAGAACGUGGUAGGACCUUCAACAGUACAACAGUACUGUUACCUCUUACUUUUCCA